AUGGCUCCAGCUCCCAGCUUCCGUGGACACCAGUGGAUUUACAACCCUGUCCUAGGGUCUUGCCUGCUCCUGCUGCUGGUCAUGUCAAAUCUGCUCCUGUGCCAAGGCAAUGUAUGCCCAUCCUGCGGUCCUGAUGUGUUUGGCGUCCCCCUGAAGUUCCUUAGAAAAACGUUUAGCCGUACCUCCAGGCUGUCCCACGACAUGCAUAACCUUUCCACAAUAAUGUUCAAUGAGUUUGAUGAAAAGUAUUCCCAGAGUAAACCUGAGUAUAUCAAUGCCACCAAUGACUGCCACACCAAUCCCCUCCAUGCUCCUGAAGAAAGAGAAAAAGCCCAACAGAUGAACAAUGAAGACCUUACUAAGUGGAUACUCAUGUUACAAUACCUCUGGAUUGCUCCUUUGUUUGAUCUAGCCUAUGAGCUGCAGAUUGAGGAAGACCUCACAGAUACUAUCAUAUCAAGUGCCUUAGAGAAUACUAAAAAAUCAUACCAACUUCAAGCAAUCUUAGAGAGGCGAUUCAGACAGAUGAUUCUUCCAAUCUGGCGGAACUUUUCUGCGGAUCGCAUGUACUGGUCAGGAUACCAAUCCCUGUUGUCCAGCGAUGAAGAUGUACGUCAUUCUACACUUUAUAACCUGUUCAUAUGCCGGAGAAGGGAUUCACGUAAGGUUGACAUGUACAGCAAGAUCCUGGCGUGCCGAAUCAGCGACGAGUGCUAA